AUGGCAUCAUUAGCACAAUCUACAUCGUCGUCAUCAUCAUCAUCGUUAUCUUCAUCAUCAUCGUCAUCGUUAUCUUCAUCAUCGUCGUCUUCAUCAUCGUCGUCUUCAUUUUGCGAGGAUGGUGGGGAAAUAGUGUUAAAGGUCCCUCACGAGUUCAUGGUCUUUCCGCUUGGGUUCGUUGUAGAUGCAGGCGGUUCUCUGUCGAAGAUUGUUUACAGGUCCAAGAAGGAUUAUCACAAUGGAAAACUUUUAAAGCCUUCAGAGUUCGGCCUUCUACGCUUAAGAUAUUUCAAAAUGGAUGACGUCUACCAGAUUAUCGACUUCCUAAAACAAAACUGUGACGUCAUAUCAAAAACCGGAAGUGGAAGUAAGACCGGAGGGGAAAAUAGAAAGGAAUCAGAAAGUGAAGAGGUAAACACGUGGUUCAUAACUGGAGUUACUACCCAACAUUUCAAGGCUAAACUGGAAAAUAGUUUUUCGAUUAAGACAAAGAUAUAUUCGGAGAUGGUAGCGGUGCAGGAGUCGACAAAACUGACUCCUUACCUCAAGUUAGGCUUCUACGACCUUGACCUUGAGGCCUUCACUUUCGCAGCCACACACAUUCGAACGACUGCCAGAGCUUUCUUGAAGCUGCCAACACCCUUAGGAGAAGAAGAUUCUAAAAAAUCAAAUAUUCUAGCUACUGUCGAUACUUCUGUUGCCGCUACUACUACUGCUGCUACUGCUGCAGCUGAUGCUGCCACUACUGCUGCUACCACAGCCACGGCUACAGCUGACGGUGACGUGAUUAAAAUGGAGAAGAGCUUUGAAGGUUUCCACGUUUCGUCGCCAUAUAAUAAUAUAAAUACAGGAAGUCCGCUGUUUGAGUUAAUGACGUCAUCAAACGAUCGGGAAUGGGCGGAUAAAUAUUUGAGGCAAUCAUCGGAUAGUAUUGUCACUCCGUCGGUUAUGAUGCUAUUCGGAUCGGCUCAAGUCACCUUCUUGGUGAAUGAAAGGUACGAGAUCAAAAUUGUGGAUUACUCUUCAGCUGCCGGCAAAACAUUGUUUGGCCUGAUGGAAGAAGUUUUAAAAGAGCAGGACUUUGAAAACUUCAUGGACAUGGCUGCGAAAGGAGAUCUGACUAAGGUAACAACUAUGAUAUCCGACUUACGGAACUACGAACAUGUGGAGCAAGACACUUACAGCAUCCUUCCAGAUGACUAUCCAGCAUUUCAGCUCGGAAAACUCACAUCUUCCAACGCAAAGGGGAAAGGUAGCUACUCAAAAGAAGAUUUAGCAGCGGGCAUUCUGAAUCUGCUGGCCUCAUUCAUCAGUAAAGUGGCUCUGCAAAACUGCCUGAUCCAGAAAACCAGCCACGCCUACUUCUGCGGCUCGCUCAUGAGGUACGAAGUAGCCAGGAAGAUGAUCACUACAAAUUUUCUUGCCGAUGUGUUCUGGCUGGCUCUCGAAACGGGGAAAGUGGUGAAGCCAGUUUUCGUGCGACAGCCUGGUUUUUUAGUGGCUCUCGGUGUUUGGGCUGCAAACGUUCAAUUAACCAAAAACCUCGAAGAAAAUAAAUGAAUUUAUUCUUAAUAAUUAUUAUUAUUAUUAAUUAUUAUUAGGAUUUUUUCUGUUAUUGUUACAGUCAUAUUUGCGAAAAAUGGAUCAAUUUUUGAGUUUAUUAGGGGGAUUUUUUUUAAGAAAGAGAAAUUUAAAAACUGUUGCUAACGUGUUUUUCAAUCCCAUAUAACAUCACCAUCGCCAACAACAAC